GUCACCUGAAUGCAAUUGACAUACAGAACAAGGGCAUUUGCUAAUAAUUCUGAAUACAUUUGUCUCUGUCUCUGUUUUUAUUUUGAAAAUUGAAAUGUUCCUCUCUCCAUCACACAGUACCCAACAUUAGAAACUUUAGAUUAAAACAAAAAGAAGAAAGUAGAAGAAGAGAAAAACGGAAUCUUUCUUCAGUCUUUUCAAACCCCAAGAUUAAGGAAGAACAUUUUCAAUUUUGGAUCCUAGGGUUUGUUUUAUUGUUCUUGUUUUUAGCUCCGGAUUUCUCUGUUGAAACACCCAUUUUUGGAUUUUUUAGAUUCUUUUUUGUUGCUCAUUUUAGUAUCAAUUCUGCAAUGUUCUUGAAAUUAAUCCAUGAAUCUUAAAAAAAGAUGCAAUUUUUUGUUUUUAAUUGGGGGUGCAAUUUGAGCUUCUUUAAUGGAGUUUUCAGUUCCAUUUCAUCAAAAGCCAUGUCAAGUUGAGACUAAGAAACUGUUAUUUCUGAUAGGGAUAAUCACAAUUGCAGCUUUUGCUGUUCAGAUUUUCUCAACUCCAUACCAGAAUACAUUCUUCAAUAUCCCAGCUGCAAAUUCUUCAAAAGUUGGUAAUUUUUCGCCUUUGCAUGAUUCAAAGAUAGCUAAUUUAUCACUGGUUCAUGAGGUAGUGGUGACUAAGAAUGAAGAGAGUGAAAUGGAGGAGCAAUUGAAGGAUGAAACUGAGGUGGUGGUGGUGGAUAUAAAGAAUGAAGUGGCUGAAAUGGGGAAACAAAUGGACAAUGAAACUGAGGUGGUGGUGGUGGUGAAUAAUAAGAAUGAAGUGACUGAAAUGGGGGACCAUGCCGCCGCGGCAUCGCCGGACGAAAGGGAUGGAGUUUUUGAAGAGAAAUUUGAUUCAUUAGCUCCAGUGGCUUCUCCAAUUACUAGUCCAAGUAAUGCAGGUGCAGCAGAAAUUUUGGAUGCAAAUUUCAGUGCUUCUGAUUCUGUUGUACCCGUGGAGACUGACAAAUCUGCUGUGGACGAGCAAGUACUUGGAGUGGAUGUGAAAGAGGAGAAGCCUAUCUUGAUUCAAAGUGCUCCGGCUACUUGGAACAGUAAUUCAGUUGAGACUAGUGAUCGUGUAAAAAAGAUGUCUCAGAAAGCGAUUAAGUCAAUGCUGGAUGAAAUGGUUCUGCCUACUGAUCCUUUAACGAAGAUUAGAAUGAAGAUGCCUCCCAAUAAAGUAACAUCAAUUUCUGAAAUGAAUGUUUUGUUGCUUAAGAAUCGUGCUUGGUUGCGUUCAAUGAGACCACGGUGGUCUUCAAAACUAGAUCAGGAAAUUCUGGCUGCAAAAGCACAGAUUGAGAGUGCUCUGAUUGUAAAGAAGGAUCGGGAGCUUUAUGCUCCUGUUUACCGUAAUGUGUCGGUGUUCAAAAGGAGUUAUGAACUGAUGGAAGAGAUACUAAAACUUUAUGUGUACAAGGAAGGUAAAAAGCCCAUUUUCCAUGACCCAAUAUUGGAGGGAAUCUAUGCUUCUGAAGGAUGGUUUAUGAAACAGAUAGAAGGAAAUGAGCAAUUCACCGUUGAGGACCCCAGAGAAGCUCACCUGUUUUACAUACCGUUCAGUUCACAAAGUCUUAGGUACACUUUGUAUAAAGCUAAUUCACACAGUAAGAAGAACCUGAUCAAGUAUAUGAGUGAUUACUUGAACAUGAUCACUGCAAAAUAUCCUUUCUGGAACAGAACUGGUGGAGCGGAUCAUUUCUUUACUGCUUGCCAUGACUGGGCCCCAGCAAUUACUAAGAGAAUUAUGAGUGCAUGCCUCAGAGCUCUCUGCAACUCUGAUGUCUACGAGGGUUUCGUACUAGGAAAGGAUGUUGCUCUCCCAGAAACAUUUGUGCUUUCAAAAAGUGAUCUUCUCAAAGAUAAAGGAGGAAAACCUCCCUCAGAGAGACGAACUUUGGCCUUCUUCGCAGGAAAUAUGCAUGGAUAUCUACGUCCUAUAUUACUAAAGUACUGGGAGAACAAAGACCCUGAGAUGAAAAUCUAUGGUAAAAUGAGUAAAACACAAAAGAAAGAAAUGAACUACAUCCAGCACAUGAAGACAAGCAAGUUCUGCAUCUCUGCUAAAGGGUAUGAGGGGAAUAGUCCUAGAGUUGUCGAAGCCAUCUUCUUCGAGUGUGUUCCAGUGAUCAUAUCAGAUAAUUUUGUUCCUCCUUUCUUUGAGGUUCUUAAUUGGGAGGCCUUUGCAGUUUUUGUCGCAGAGAGAGAUAUUCCCAACUUGAAGGAGAUACUCGCUUCGAUACCUGAUGAGAAGUAUGUAGAGAUGCAUAAAAGAGUGAAGAAGGUGCAGAAACAUUUUCUUUGGCACAGUAAGCCAGUGAAGUACGAUGUCUUCCACAUGACCCUGCAUUCUAUCUGGUAUAAUCGAGUUUUUCAGAUUAAAGCCAGGUAACUUAGUAGUUAAAAGAAAGUUAUAGUUGUUAAAAAAAAAAUAACGUAUGAAGCCAACAGAAUCAAAAGGAGGAAGGAAUUGAAGAAUAUGCCUGAAACAUCUGAGUCCAAGUGCUGCAAAGAAUAGGUCUACAAACUGAAAAACAGAGUUCUUUUGACCUGUCAACUACCUUGAAAUAGAUGGACAUCAGUCAAUUCCAGAAUGCGCUGUGUAAGGUGGAAAUUGGUAGAAGUAGCUUUCAACUGAGACACAAUUAACUUUUAAUCCUUUAGUUUUAUCUUCACACUUGUAAAUUCAACCUGAUAAAUUGAUAAUAUUUCGUGAUUGCUAGUCAGUCGUCAGAAAUCCAACUUCAUGUAGGAAUCACAUUCAUGUCUGUAAAAUCACAUGGUGAUUUAAAAAAUUGAUUAGUUACUUUGUGAUCAUGUUGUAAGCUUUUAUGCAAUAUUUUUAAUAAAACAAUUCAGCAUUCUGGAUUU